AUGUUUCUCGGUUUGAGAAGCCCACUACAGCUUCUGUGCAACGAGCUGAAAGUGCUCGAGUACCUCAAGUUGUCGUUAGUCAGCCAAGUGAUUGAAGCAAUUAUGUCAAGUUCGGAUCAUUUUGGAGCUGAGAAUGUCGUGGAAAAAGAGAUUCGCCGAAUUAAUGGAUUGAACGACAGCUCAUAUGAUAAUGUUCUGAAUGUAGUCGAUCGACGAGUCGAUAAAGACAAAACAUUGACGCAAGCAGAUGCUGCGAAAGGAAUGUCUUUUCUAUCAUCGGAAAUUGGAAGCGUCGCGUCGCUAUUGUCUGUCAAUUCGAAUCGUACCGACACUGAAGGAGAAACUGUCGAAGACGACGACGCUGAGAAUGCAGCCGGAAAGAAAAGACCGCAAAGCACUAAAAAAACCAAAAUCCAGGCGACGUUUGCUGCUGGCAAAAAGAAAGUGAUGGAUCUUGUUGUACAAAAACGAAAAAAUAGUGAGAUGGACUUGGGUUCAGAGUGUAUCGAAAUUGGAGCAGAUGCUGGAUCAAUUUUUGAUGAUAAUAAAGAGAGCUUAUCAAGACCUCCUUCAACAGGAAAACGAACCCCAACGGAUGAUAAAAAGGAGAAAAAGAAACUGAAGAAAAAACUUUCUGAUUCGCCGAAAUGUCGUGUGAAACAGCCAUAUCCGAAAACGCCGAAUUCCGGUUAUCAACAGUCUGAGAAGAUUAGAACUACAAAGAGCAUUCCAUUUUCAAAGGAUGUCAUGUGGGGACAAUCUUUGCAUUUUCAACUUGAUCCGACUGCAAAAUAUCAAUUGAGAUAUCUCAACAUCACUGUACAAGCGAGAGAAGUCAAAUCGACUCCAAUGUCAUCUCCGGGUCCUUCUUCUAGCGCCAAUUCGACACCUGAGACUAUCAAUUCCGUAGAUUCAUUGUCAACAUCUUCAACCCCGAGGACAAUAGUUGACAAGCCGAUUGUUCUUGGAUCUGUUUCAUUAUUCAUCCCGCAGCUCAUUGAUGAUUGCCAAUUAACUCUGUCCAACUGCCAUCGUGAAAUAUUUCAAUUGAAGCAACCUUUGCAAUCCGCUGCCGUGACGAAAGAGGAUCCUAAUUUGAGCGAAUUCUCGCGACAUGCCGGAUACGACCCCAGGCUUUGCUUCGGCGAUAUUACUCUUGGUUUUCGAUAUUUCCCCGACGGUUUUCCAAAUGGAAAUUUGAAUUCUGGGGAAGAAUCAGAUGAAGAGAUGGUACGAGCAUCAAUGUCGAAUACGGAGUCAUGUCAUCGAAGAUUCUCGCCUCCAGCAUUGAAUCCCACAAAUCAUGAUUGGAAAUUGUGGUACGGAAAAAGCAAUGCCACUUGUGCAAUGUGUCGUGGAAAAAUUUGGCUGCGAAAUGCUUCUUGCUGCUCGAGAUGUCUUGUCAUUUGCCAUAAUAAAUGUGUUGUAAAAGCAAAUCAAGGGGGAAUCGUUUGUUCUCCAGAUCAAACGUCUCAAAACGACGAAGAAUUUGAAGAGAUUUCUGCAACUGAAAAUUUUGUUCAAAAUGGAGCUGAUCAUCCGGAUGAGCCUCGUCCAACACUUCUUCAAUCCCCUUCUCAAUCCUCUAUUCCACCAGAUACACCGGAGACAUCAAAACGUGCAAGAUUCCGUAAGGUUACGGAAAAGUUUUCGAAUUGGAGGAAAAGUGGAAGACGGAGGGAAGAUGAGAACAAUACUGAUCGGCAAUCAUUGGUGAGUAACUCCAGCACAAGUUGGUCAACAGAUGGAUCGACGAAAAGCGAAGUCGCUGAGCGUGAUAGUCCGAUGGCUUCGAUUCAGGAUGUUCUCUCCGAUGUUCUACCCGGUCUUGAGGGUUCUCCAUUUAUCAAUAGCUUGUAUUUUCAUCCCGGAAAUGCUUAUAAUGAGCAAACAAUCAAAAAUGCGAAACUUCUUGGAAGAGAGAUUUUUUCGGAAUUGCCGCAUAACGAACGCGUCGAAAAAAUCAACUCACAAAUUGAUAGGAUUCAAGCUGCGAUUAGAGAGACGAAAGAUGAUCGUCUUAGUGUGAUGCAGAACGGAGGAGUUUCAGAAGAAUCUGUAAAAUUCCAAGGUCUUGAUGAACGUCUUCAAGCUCUUGCUGUCCUCAUGCUUCAUUAUUGUUCUGCUCUUCAAGAUUGUCAGUCAGGACGAUCAACUCCAGCUCCGCAAAAUCUGCCGGAAGAUGCCGAAACACAUGAAGAAGAUUGCUUGAUGGCGGGAGUGAUUACGACAACGCUGUUGGGAUGUGUUGGAUGUCAGGCCGGCAUUGAGUAUUUGCAAAAAUAUGUGAAGGACAGUCUCAACUUGAUCACCUUUUCUUCAUUUGUCUUCACUUCCGUCUAUGGUCUCAUAUUUCAUUCAAAAUUCUUCACUGUCUCUAAUAAAAUCCCAAUAAGGUCCUAUGCGGCUAUUGUUGCAAUUUUCUUCACAGUUAAUAUGGCUAAUAAUUAUGCUCUCAAAUUUGCAAUAUAUUUUCCAUUAUUUAUUAUUUUCAAAUCGGGGACCCUUUUGGCGAAUAUGACAUUGGGAUACAUAAUUCGAGGAUACAGAUACUCUCUAAAACAAAUUUUAUCUGUGGUUGUCGUCACUGCUGGAAUUAUAAUUUUCACUUUAGCGAGCUAUGAGCCGAAAAAUCAGAGUGACGCAAUAAGAUAUGGAGCGAACAGCAUGGAAUGGACAAUUCCGAUACCGCCAUUUAUUGUCGGAAUAGUUUUGUUGUCGUUUGCGUUGAUUCUAAGCGCUUACCUGGGAAUUUAUCAGGAAACGUUCUAUCAGCGUCACGGGAAACACAAUGAAGAGAUGAUGUUCUAUAUUCAUGUGUUGUCGAUUCCAGCAUUCGCUUUAUUAGGAGAUGAAAUGAAAUCAGCAUUUCAUUUCGCUAAUCAUACUCCGCCAUUUCAUAUUGGUAGCUUUAGUACGGUUGUGCCAUCUGCAUGGGUCUACAUUUUCGUCAUAUGCGUGUUUCAACUUAUGUGUACGAAGAGCGUUUACAAAUUAUCAUCUGCAACAACUUCAUUGAAUGUAACGAUGGUGUUAACAUUGCGCAAAUUUCUCUCGCUGCUCAUUUCGUUCCUCGUCUUCAAUAAUUCCUUCAACAUGUUCCAUAUUCUCGGCGCUGCAUUUGUGUUCAUUGGCACUUUCAUGUUUUCCACCUCAUUUUCGACAUAA